CGCGGCGGCGACGGAAGCAUGGAGGGCGAGAGCACGUCGGCGGUGCUCUCUGGAUUUGUGCUCGGCGCGCUAGCCUUCCAGCACCUCAACACCGACUCGGACACGACAUUCAGAAAUACAUUUCAUGCUAUCAGCUUUUUAGGUUAAAAAAAAUGUGGUGCCCAUACUUAUCCCUUGAAGUUUCUCCAUUCCUUUUCCUUUUUAAUUGCUUAUGGACCACAUAUUACUACCAUUUUUAAGUCUGUUCAUUUGAGAACUUUCUCUCCUAUUUAUUUUAGAACUUCAACUCACAGCUUUUAUAAUUCUUCUGGUGAAGUAAAUGAGCAGGCACUGAAGAAAAUAUUAUCAAAUGUCAAGAAGGAUGUGGUUGGUUGGUACAAAUUCCGACGUCAUUCAGACCAGAUCAUGACAUUUAGAGAGAGACUGCUUCACAAAAACUUACAGCAGCAUCUUUCAAGCCGGGAACUUGUUUUUCUGUUACUAACACCAAGUAUAAUAACGGAAAGCUGCUCUACUCAUCGACUGGAGCAUGCCUUAUAUAAACCUCAGAAAGGACUUUUUCAUAGGAUACCUUUAGUGGUGGCCAAUCUAGGCAUGUCCGAACAACUGGGUUAUAAAACUUCAUCUGGUUCCUGUACAUCCGCUGGUUUCAAUCGAGCAGUAAAAACACACAGCUCUCAAUUUUUUAAAGAAGAUGGAUCUUUAAAGGAGGUACAGAAGAUAAAUGAAAUGUAUACUUCUUUACAAGAUGAAUUAAAGAGUAUAUGUGAAAAAGUGGAACACAGUGAGAGAGCCGUAGAAAAACUAUUAAAUGAUGUAAAUAGAUUAAAAGGAGAAAUUAAAAAAAGAAAACAAGCACAGAUGCAAGCAACACGAGAGAAGAAUGUCCAAAAAGACCCUCAGGAGAACGUUUUGCUUUGUCAAGCUUUACGGACCUUUUUUCCAGAUUGUGAACUUCUUCAUUCAUGUGUUAUCUCCUUGAAAAAUAGGCGCAUUUCUGGAAGUAGCUGUACUACCACCCACCCUCUCGGUGGGGUAGACAACCUAACCCUAAUGGUGGAAUACACAGACUUUCCUGAAGCUAGUCCAGCUCGUAGUGCCCUGCCGGUGACCAAGCGGAAAGCCUCAGACACGGAUGAUGGGUGGCAGUUCAAGAAGUCACGACUGGGAGAGAUACAGACUAGACCCUCUAAAACAGAUACCAGUAGUAGUAACCAAGAAAGAGCAUCCACAGUGAGCAGCCCAGAAACAGAUGAAGAGGUUGAGAGAAUGAAGGGUUCUGGUGAAUAUCCAGAGUCUCCUACCUUCUGAUUCUUUUGGGCCAAAAGGAGAUUUUUGAUCAGCGGAAGGGGAAAGCCGGAUUUUUUUUUUUUUUUUUUUACUGUGUUCAGCUCUAAGAAUUUGAGUACAGAACAAGCCUGGUAAUGCAGUGUGUUUGGAUCAGCACUUGUUCAGUUAGGUGAAAAAGCCCAUUAAGUGGGACCCAUAUAAAUAUGAAUGGUGUCUAUCACAGAGAUUCUGUUUUAACAUAAAGCAGAAGCAUAUAUUCAUUUGUCAAACUUUUGUCGGGCCAGGAACAUUUUUAUGACUGUACUGGGGUUCCUGGGCUUCCCUGGUGGCUCAGGUGGUAAAGAAUCUGCCUGCGGUACAAGAGACCUGGGCUCAGUCCCUGGGUUGGGAUGACCCCCGGAAGAAGGGAAGAACACCCAUUCCAGUAUUCUUGCCUGGAGAAUGCCACAGACAGAGAAGCCUGCCAUUCUACAGUCCAUGGGGUCACAGAGAGGGGAACACACCUGAACAGCUAACACUACUGGACUUCUGUGUGAAUCACAUCCAUUACUUAGGUAAGCCCCAGUUUUAGUUUCUUUAAAGACGUUUGCAAAGCAGCCUAAGCACAAAAGGCUACUAGGGUUUUUUCAUUUCCCACUCCCAAUCUUAUUUGUCUUAACCACACCUAAUUUGACUUUUUUUAAACUUAGUUGCCUUUAAUCAGGUCUUCUCAAAGCAUUUUACUUGGUUUUCAUUGCAAUAGUAAUGUCUUUUUAAUGCUUAUAUUCAUCAGUACAAAAACAGAACUGACACAGAUCUGGGAACAAAAGAAUUGAUUCUUGGUAAUACAGAACUCAACAGAUAAAAGAGAGUUGUGGGCUUCCAUGUGGUUUUUGAGGAGGAUGUAAAGCCCCUGUUCAGUGAGUUGGUUAAGUGGAGGUAGGUUAAGAGCACUUUUAUGGUUUGGUUUUUGUAUGUCUUUUCCAUAACAGAAUUUCCCAUGAAGACACAUCACAUGAAGCCUUCAUGUUUUAUUCUCUGGGUGAAAUGUUGAACCCACACAUUGCUCUUCCAUCAGUGACUUCCUAAGUGAUGGUUUUUUUAAUAUUAGCUGUGAAUUUGCUGUCAUCUUUUAUUUAUGUGUUAACAGACAUUAGUUACUAUGGGGCGCUUAUGGAGCCCACAUAGUACCUGGGAUAAUGUGUACAAAUCAUGAGUUGCUGUUGGGAUUGCUUCACUGGUUACUUAAGCAGCACAGGACAGGAGAGGAAAUAGGGUUUUGUCUGAGCCCUAAUUUUAAAAUAAGCUUGAUGUCCCAACCUUCAGGGAAUGAGGAGAAAAAGAAUGCUUGUAAGACAUUUCUCAUUCUCUGUCUUUUGGGGAUUUGUUUGUAUUACUGGAGUAAGAGAUGUAGAACAGAUUGCGUAUGGAUCAGCUUAUUUAGAGGACACUACUAGUUUAUGAUAGACUAGUCCAGAGCUGAGUGUUGGGUCCUGUGACAGACUGCACUACUGGCCAUCCCCAUGGGACAUCUGCAGAGAGAAGACGCCUGGUCCCAACCAGGCUUACUUACCUGCUUGUUAGGAAAUCUUCCUUAACAAUUUCAAAUUCACACCCUGUCCUGUGGGAUUUGUACAUUACACAAGCAUCCCACUGCCCUGCACCCAUACUCUACAGUCCUGUUUACAACACAAAAUCUGGGGAUAAAGUCAAAUUCCAGUACAAGUCAGCCCUGCUGUGUUUGACAUCACAUUGUCAGCAGUGUGUUGUAUGAACUGUUUGGGGGGCCAGAUUUAAGUGAAGACUCCACAGUAACAAUUUUUUAAAUGUAUGUGUAUGUUAAAUGUAACAAGUGUUAACAUUUUAAAAUAUAUGUGUAUGUAAAUAUGACAAGUAUUAACAUUUUAUUUUAUUUUUAAGUAUUAACAUUUUAAAUAAUCUGAUUUACCUAGUGAGCAUUCUGAUAUGAAGAGGAAGCCUCACUCCUGAAACACCUUUUACUCAUCCCAAAUUACUGUAAGAAUUAAAAACUUAAUACUUCAUAGUUUGACAAGAUUUAGCCUGUUUUUCUACUCAGUGGUUAUUAAAUCUUAUAGUUUGAGCCAGUAUUAGCACCACACAACCACUUAUUGCAAAAUAUGUUUAUUGGUAAUAACUUUAUAUAAUUUACUCCCUAUAUUUGAUGUUACAAACUUUAGGGUCUUUGAGAUAGGCAGGAUCCUUGUAUGUGACUGGCAUAAACCCUGUGAAGAAAGAAUGAAAGUUCUUCACAAAAGACAAUGAGCAAAAUUUUGUUUAGCAUAAUUCAGUUUUUCAGAUGCUCUUACCCAAUAUUUGAGCUCUCUUAAUUGCUUUUGUGAUUUCUUUUUGUUUCUUCCCACAAAGACCUAUAAAAGAAAAUACUUUCUUAAAUGCCAACAUUCUUAAUGCCAACAUUCUUAAAUGCCAACAUUCAAAAUGCAUGACAGUUAGGUCACAGAAUGGCUGGAAAACUGUAUAAAGCCUUAGAAUAAGUAUCUUGGGCUUUGUGGGCCACAAGGUCUCUGUCAUCAUUAAUUCUGCUCUUGUAGCUCAGACACUGUGGAAACUAAGCUAUUUAGCAAGUGGCAGAUCCGAUCUGGCCUGUAGGCAAUAGGCCCCUGGUUUAAAUGAGAGCCUGAGGAUGACCACAGUAUAUUCCAGAACAGCAAAGCCCGAGUUCUCUCUGUUGUCACCUUAUAUAGUUAACUGAGUAUAAGAAGAUACGCAAAAUAAUUACCCUUUCAGCCUCAGAAGAGACUUUCUCAAAGUAUCCAUAGUUUUUGGUCUAAUAGUAAUUUGUGGCAAUAUUUGAAAAUCUGCCCGUUUUUUUAAAUAACAGAAGUAGGUUUAUCUACAUUUAAAUUGCUGUAAUAGAAAACAAAAUACCUGUUAUGUGCCUUCCAUAAAUGCAUCCAGUAAAUGGAGAAAUAAACUGGGAUAAAAGCUGGUUUGAGUUAUAUUUGGAAAGGAAAAAAAUUAUAUGUUAAUACACUUGUAUUCAACCUUGUGUACAUUUCAAAACACAAACCUUAUGUCACCUUCAAGCUAUAAAAGGCUUAUUAAUAAAUUUUAGACAAACUUCAAAAAUACAAAUAAAAACACUGAGUUAUGUUCAUUCUAUUAACAGGUCAUCUUUUUUAAGUAACUAAAGUAAUUGCGAAAGUUAACAUCUCUUCCCCAGUGUGUCAAAAAAAAGUCUAUACAACAGAUGAAUGAGCAUGUUCUUUCAGUGCUAAAGCUGUUUUUUUGACUUUUCCAUAGAUAACUUUUCUAAAGCACUGCUGCUUAUAACAAGGUACAGAACAUCCCAUCUGUCAUGAUAGUCCCAUAAUAUCAGACUAUAGUGAGGUCUUCAAGAUGUACAGGUAUAUCAGGCCAUUUGCUGUUACUUAUGUUUUAUUAAUCCUAAUACUUGCAUUUUACAGUUUCUUGGAUUUUCUCCCACCAAAGAAGCUAUCACUUUAUACUACUAUCAGUAUACUUAACUCCGACACCAUCUUCUUCCCCAAAUUUGCCACUUUUAAUCUGCUGAGCGCUCGACAACAGAUAAAAUGAAUUCAGUAGUGAUACUGGUGGUGAGGUACGGAUAGCAACUUCAACACAGGAGCUUUUCCCUAACUACUCAACUCCAGUGACUGAGAAUCACUGCCACAGGGAGCUACUGUUAAGAGGUUUGGGGUGAAGCAAAAAACAAGAAACACUGAGAUGAUUAAGAGUAAAUGAAGGACAGUCAAGAGGUUCCUAUUUUAAUAAAAUAGCUGCCUUAUACAUAAAAGUAUAACCAGAUUUGAAAUUAUGAAGCUGAAACAGUCACCCCUACACAAAGCCUAUUAUAAAAGCCAACUUGCUUCUCUACUGUAUUAGUAAAAGAGCAAAAGUCCCAAAUCAAGUAUCACAGUGAAGUAAAACCAGAUCUCACCUGUACAUUCUUAUAAUCUACACGUUUUUCACACAAGAUACAUUUUUUCAGAGGCUCCUUAUAAGGAUUUUCCAUUGGAAUAGGCUAGCAUAAAGGAAGAAAACAAAAAUCUGAUAAUGCGUUUUGUGUUAACUUUGAAUCAAAAAAACUUAAAUCUUAGGGUACCACAUUUAAAUCUCUCCAAGGGAUUAGUUGUACCUUUCUCACUGUGAAAAUGAAUAAAUAACAACAGCUUGGCUUAGAAAAGAAAAAUAAGAGUUAUUUCUGAAAAAGGCCAUUUUAAAGGUUUGCGUGUACUCAUACAUAUUUUGUACAAAUAUCUUGUUUUAGUUUGGCUAAGGAGGGAUUAAUUGAUGGAGGACGAUUCUGUGAAAAAUACAAUCUUUGGAGAAAAAAGGGUUUAUCGGAGGAAAAAAAUAAAAUCCUCAGUAAGUGAUUAAAAAUGCUUUGCCCAGAUUGUAGGUGACUAAAAAUUCUUAUACUUAAGAAAGACAGCACAACAGAUAACAUAUGCAAUUCUUAAACUAGUAUAAUCUCUAGAUCCAUCCCUACACUUCUCUAGAUGUUUCACUGAUAUUUUUGUUUUAUAAAAAGACAAUGCCCCCAUGUGUGUGCUAAGUCACUUCAGUCGUGUCCAACUCUUUGUGACCCAUGGACUGUAGUCCGGCUCCUCUGCCCAUGGGAUUCUCCAAGCAAGAAUACCGGAGUGGGUUGCCAUUUCCUCCUCCAGGGGAUCUUCCAGACCCAGGGGUUGAACCCACGUCUCUUAUGUCUCCUGCAUUGGCAGGCAGAUUCUUUACCUCUGUCACCACCUGGGAAGCCCCAGUGUCUCCACAGGUUAUGUAAUACUUCCCAGAUUUAUUUUUUCUUUUUUACUACAAUUUUAUAGUAGUAUAAAAUUGUUUUAUAACAAUUUAAAACAGUCCCAGACUAUUUUAUAAGUUUGUGCCAGCCUUUUUGGUUUUUCUUUGUUCAUUACUGCUUCUAAAGCUUCCAUCACACGGCCUCCGUCCUAAAAUCACUUUUAGGUGUCUCCAGUAUACAGAUUCUGAAUCUAGAAAUGGCUUUGAAGUCUUCAGCCCCUGUAGUUGCACAAAAAACUUCAAAUAAAUGGGACGUUGUGCCUUUUUCUGAGGAACCCUUAGCUCUCAUGAGAGUCUCAGUGGGAUUUAAGGACCUAAAGAGAAGCUCUAGUAAUUUCAUUUACUCUCUUGACUAUGGUAUGAAUUAGAUGACCAAGAUGGAUGCUCAAAGGGACUAUAGGAGUUCUUUUGUUUCUUCCAAUUCCUCAAAUGUUCCUAAUGCAACUUGCAUUCAACUCAUGUGUAAUGACUAUUCCUUCUCUAUGUGUUUCAUGUGGUCUAACUAGUAUCAAAUUGUCUUUGUAUGUAGCAAGAAAAGCUAUACUGCCUAAAUCCAAUGCUAGUACUUGAAAUCCAUAAAAAACAUACAUCUACUGUUUAGAAGAAACUGUAUUUAACGUCCUGGUAUAAAAAUUUAAUGACUAAGAUAAAAAUAGAAUUGAAUUUGAAAUGAGGACAGGGAAUCAAGGUAUGGAUAAACUUUGCACAACCCCUUUGUUGGACUUCCUGCAAUUACAGCAUGCAUCAAAACUACCUUUUUAAAUUCCCAAAGCACGUAUCUAGAAAGAAAAAUAUGGUGGUGUUGCAGAAGUCAUGCUUCUUGCAAAGAAUCUAGGAAUUCGCUUACCUCAAAGUUCACUUAAGUGACUACUCAUCAAUAAAUUUCCCUGGAGAAGGAAACGGCAACCCACUCCAGUACCCUUGCCUAGAAAAUCCCAUGGACGGAGGAGCCUGGUGUCCAUGGGGUAUCUCAAAGAGUCAGAACUGAGCGACUUCACUUUCAUCAAUAAAUUACAAUUUUCAAACUCAG